AUGAAGUUCUUCGAUGUAGCGGUAACAUAUACCGCAGACCAAUUCCAAGGCAUAUACCGAGGAAAACAAUACCACCCAGCCGACUUCGGCGAAGUGCUUAAACGCGCCCAGGAAUACAACUGCGCAAAAGUAAUGCUCACAACAAUGACACUCGAAGGCGCGAAGCAAAAUCUGCAAGCAGUGAGGGAGUUCCCCACAAUAUGCAAAAUGACCCUUGGCGUGCAUCCCUACCACGCCGCCGAGAUCUACGAACAGCCCGAGUCGCAGUAUUUGAAUGAACUAAAAGUGUUCGGCGAAACACUUCGCGCCGAGUCUCCAUCGCCUCUGGCUGCAUUUGGUGAAAUCGGACUGGAUUAUGAGUACCUCAACAGCGCCGAUAAAGAAACGCAGCAGCGUGCUUUCCGGGAACAGUUGGAGUUGGCAGUUCAUUUUCAAUUACCACUUUUCUUGCAUGUGAGGGAGUCGGCGGAGGAUUUCAUUUCUAUUAUCCGGCCUUAUCUUGAGAAAUUGCCGAAGGGUGGGCUUGUGCAUUCCUUUGCUGGGACCAAGGAGGAGAUGAUGCAGCUUGUGGGGCUUGGCUUGGAGAUUAGUGUGAAUGGUGUUUCGUUCCGGACUGAUGAGCAGUUGGACAUGGUUAGGCAUAUUCCUUUGGAUAAGUUGCAGCUUGAAACUGAUGCGCCCUGGUGUGAGGUCUUGGGUAAUGAUCCGAAGAUUGCGGGUUACUUGCAAUCUGCUCGGCCUUUGCCUGCGAGUCGGAAGCAUAACAAGUUUAUUACAGGGCAGAUGGUUAAGACUCGUAACGAGAGCUGCACUAUGGAGCGUGUUGGAUUGGUGGUUGCAGGAGUGAAGGGUGUUUCUGUUGAGGAUAUUAUUGAUGCCGCGUGGGAUAAUAGCUGUCGUAUGUUUGGGGUGUAA